AUGUUCCUCCCCGAACUCCCGCGAGCCUGCAUGGUGGACGACGUAGCAACGUACCUCCAAGCGCCCUCCUCGGGACAGGACGAGUUCCAUCCGUUCAUAGAGGCCCUGAUGCCUUUUGUAAAGUCCUUUUCGUAUACGUGGUUCAAUUUACAAGCGGCAAAAAGGAAAUACUAUAAGAAACACGAGAAGCGGAUGAGUCUCGAGGAGGAGCGGCAUACAAAAUAUGAGUUACAGAACGAAAAAGCUGAAGUUAAACAAAAAUGGGCUUCACGAUUACUAGGCAAACUAAGAAAGGAUAUAACGCAGGACUGCCGGGAAGACUUCGUCCUGAGUAUAACUGGGAAGAGGCCGGCAGUAUGCGUCUUAUCCAAUCCAGAUCAGAAGGGGAAAAUGAGGAGGAUAGACUGUUUGAGGCAGGCGGAUAAGGUGUGGCGGCUAGACCUGGUAAUGGUGAUACUGUUCAAAGCGAUACCGCUAGAAAGCACGGACGGUGAACGACUCGAGAAACACCCAGAGUGCACCCAGCCGGGCCUGUGCGUGAACCCGUACCACAUCAACGUAUCCGUGCGCGAACUGGACCUGUACCUCGCCAAUUUCAUCAACAGCUAUGGUAAUGGGAGCGACGGUCUGCCAGAUAUCCUAAGCGGUUCUCUGUCGCCCCACCCUCCUAGGGACAAAGAGAAUGAACACGACGCUAAAAGCAAAGGCUAUACCCACAAUCCCUACAACGGUGUCAUUUGCAACGAUAUUAUUCUAGCAACCGGUGUCUUCUCCUCGAAGGAACUAUGGAAGUUGAGUAAAGCGUCAAUUCUCCAAGAGACCGGUUCAGAGUCUCCUGGCGGGUCGGGCGGCAUAAAACUGGAGUCGAGUUACUACUGCGGAUACAACAGUCCGGCGCCGCCCACCUUCGAGCCGCCCGCCGAGCGAGCGACACCGUCCACCAUGCUUGUCGGACAAUGUUUCAGCAUCCCGCACAGCUCGGCGGGGCUGAGUGCGCAGUCCCCGCUCGUGCCCUCCAACACCAUCUUCUACCAGCACGCGCCGCCGCCCACCGACACUCACCCUACUGCGUCAGAGCUGUCGAAUCAACAUUCUAGUGGGAAAUACGAUGGCGCUCCUCAGGACUCUCUUGGGGACUUCGUGACCUUCGUGUGUCAAGAGCCGCCUACAGAUGUCCAGCAAAUACAGGUGCACGGUCUUUCUCGGAGCCCGAAACCGGCGUAUUUCACAAAUUCUAUGCUUCCGCCACCUCCUUUACCACCCAUGGCCAGGCCUGUGGCCAUCAUUAGAUCAACAGCGAGCGAGGCGGGGUCGGUGGGCACGGGUGGAGGUGGUGGUGCGGGGGGAAGUUCGCCGGCAUCCCCCGAAGGUCGGUCGCCGGGCGCAUCGCCGCGCCGCCGAUCGCCGCACUACCGCGACUGCCAUCCACCGCUAACGCACUUCAACCACUUCCACGCGCAACCGCAGCAGGUGUUCAGCUACGGCGGGCUGGGCGGCGGCGCCGUGCUGGCGGGCGGCGGUGGCGGCUCGCCGCCCGGCGGCCUCGGACUCUACGCGCCGCGCCCGCCGCCUCGCGCACCACCCAGGUGGAAUGCCCCAUUUCCAACAUUGGAGGAGGAGUUUAAUAUAAUGACUGCACCUGGAGGUCCAGAUCACGUUGUAUUGUUAGACGACGAGCGGUUUUUCCAAUCGAACGUAAUCACGUCUGAUGCGACCGCGAUGGACACCACAUCGGGGGUCGGCCAGGUGGUGGACACGUCGGACGACAUCGCGCCCGACAAGCCGCUGCGCUCGCCGUGA